AUGAGACUGUCCCAGCUCGGGGACGAGGACGAGCUGUUCCUCAGCCUGGUGGUGCACCGCGCAUCCUUUGUUGCUACCGCAUCGGAUGAUGGCACAGCUCGCAUCUGGCACACUCACCGAGGCAAUUGUGUUCACACACUCGAAGGUCACGGAGACGUCGUGCGCUCGGCCGUUUUUUCUCCUGAUGGCUACUUCGUGCUAACAGCAACAUCUGCCGGCAAUGCCAAGAUCUGGAAUGUGCUGACAGGACAGUGUGUGCGGGCACUGCCGGUGCAAACCUACGCCUUGUCUCUGGCGGUCUUCAAUGCUGACUCUUCUCUGGUGCUCACUGCAGCCAUCGACGGGACGGCGAAGAUCUGGCGGGUGCCAUGUGGCGGCUGCUUUCAGACAUUGCGGGGCCACCAAGGCACUGUAACCUCUGCGGAGUUCUCCAAAGACGGCACUCAGGUGCUCACUGGGUCCUGGGACAAGACCGCGAAGAUUUGGCUUGUAGCACCGACCGGCCGUGAGCAGAACCAUGCGGAGGACUGCAGAGCAGACCUCGGCUCCUGCCUGGGCUGCGUUGGCUUUUUCCUCAAGUCCUGGUGUCAGACGCGCAACGAUCGCCUCUGCCUUCGUACACUCCGCGGGCAUAGUCAUGCAGUACUCUCGGCUGCCUAUGCUCCUGACGGUGAUGCCGUGCUAACCGCCUCUGUGGAUGGCACCGCGAGGAUAUGGCGCGGAGGUGAGACCAUACAAAUCCUAGAGGGACAUGGCCUGGGAGUUUUCUCGGCCGUCUUCUCAGUGGAUAGCCGCUUGAUUCUGACCGCCUCGUGGGACCGCACAGCAAAGAUCUGGGAGGUCGCCUCUGGCGUGUGUCUCAGGACGCUGAAAGGCCAUGGACUACCGGUUCGUUCUGCUGUGUUCUCUGCGGAUGACGCUGCCGUACUCACUGCCUCGGAUGACGGUAGUGCAAAAAUUUGGAGUGUGAAGACCGGGACGUGCCUGCGAACUUUGGUCAGGCCGGGGCACUUCGUUCGCGUGGCGCUUUUCAGCCCUGACGCAACCUUGGUCCUCACGUCCUUCGAGGAUGGAACAGCCCAGCUUUGGGAUCCUUGCACAGGGGACUGCCUGCAAACCCUGUCUGGCCACGACCAGUCGGUGAAGUUCGCGCGCUUCUCGCCGUAA